AGGGAGGGCCUAUUUUUGUAACCGGAAAUGCAUUUCAGCGGAAGUACCAAAAUGCACUAGGCGUUGCAGUCCAAAAUUUCCCCCCGGUAGGCCUGGGGACCAAAUCAAUACCACAGCCAAAAUGAGUCGGUCGGUGAUAACUUGAAAAUAUGGAGGUAGCAGACGAUGGUAGAAUUUCUCCUUCUGGGAACCUUGAUCUUUCACGAGAGCGUUCAAACAGUGACCCAGGCCGCAGAGAAAAAAACAUUGUUAUGAAUGGAGGCAACACUGUCCCUACAAGGCGAGCGCCAACGUUUUUGAACGCUACGGAAGUUUGCGAUUCUACUCCUGUCGCUGGCGCUAACUCAAGUCCAAGUACACCUCCUCCCGUUCGGCGAAGCAAACUAGCUAUAAGCAUAGGGAGAUUAUUUCGACCGUGGAAAUGGCGAAGAAGAAAGAAGAGCCAGAAGUUCAUCACGACUUCACAAAAUCUUGAGAGACAACUGUCGGUACGAACUAACAGAGAUGAGUUGAUAAAAAAAGGAAUUCUUCCUGUCACAACUGAAGAUAAAGAAAAUGAAAAUGAUUCAGCUGACAUCCAGUGCAAUGGCCCUUCACAUGACAAAAGGGUUUCAGAUGACAGUGAUGAGAAACACAUAACACCAGGACAACCAAGGAGAAACCAGCAAGCCCCGCUUUCACAGCGAGACAAUUUACCCACUGAGAAUGAAGCGAAAAAUGAUUUUCAGGUUCAACAAUUAGACACAAUGAGUAUGAUGGAUCAGCUAGCUCGGGAAUUAGCACGUCGGAAUACUGGCAGCUCAUCAGAUGAACGGACAGUCCUCAAAACUCAAAACAAUAGACAUUGCAGUACAAGUGGCCAACAACCAAGAUUUUUUGUAGUUCAAAGUGCUGGUAAAGAAACUAGCAGAGAAGAGCAUUUAGAUGAUAAAAGCAUACUUCACGAAGAUGAUGGGCAUGAUAGUAAUAUUUCUGAUUCUGAUGAGGAAGAGGAGACACAAGGAAUUGUAACAGGUUUAGCCUCUAAGCUUAAGAGGAAAGACAGUUUGGCUCUAAAACUGAGAGCUCGGCCAAGUCAGAGUGAACUAGAGGCUAGAAACAUACUUCCAAGUAAGUUCCCCCUACCCUGUAACCUCAUCAAACAUAUGCAAAGUGAUAGAUCUUGAAUUGUGCACCUUUAGGUUGUCAGAAGAUCAUUGUAAAGGCAGUGUUAUCAAUAAGACUUUUGUCAGUAAGCAAUAGAGCACUUUUUCCUUGAUUACAUACUAGCCUUAUCCCUUUACCCCUUAAGAGUGCAAAUUGGCACACAAGGUGAUAACUUUGUGAAUAUUUGAUAGGUUUCUAUGAAUUCUUGCCAUGAAAAUUGUCUUGUGAAGAUCUGCUCAUUGAAGUCAUAAAAUUUUGACCCCCUCCCAUCCAAGACAUGGUUGAUCACCCCCAGAGGUUUUUAGUUCCUUUUUCAGGAUGCAAAUGGAAUGCAAGACUUGUUUCAUAUCAAGCUAUGCACUAAG